AUGGAUGCCCAGAAUCGGAGAAAUAGAGUUGUGAUUGAGGAAGCGGUGGAGAGCGAGGUGCCAGAGGUAGCGAGAAAGGUGAUGGAGCUCGGACCAAAGUUUAUUCCUGGCAGACGCGUGACGAAGUCAACAGUACAGCAGGCGGAGGUGGGUGUGGAGAGACUGGCGUUCGGUUUGAGGUGGAAAGAAGAGGCGGAGAAAAACCGGACGCAAGCAGCUUCUCAUCAGACGGUUACGGGGAGGCCCGUGCGACAUCUAGACAAUGACACGAGACUGAGAAAGAUUGCAACCACGACCAAGCAAGCGCCAAGCAUGGAUGAUGAGAAGGAAAACGGAUUAAGGAGACUGAAGGGAAACAUCAUGAGACUGUACAAGAGAGAGGCCGACAUCAAUACCUCCAAUAACGGACGUCAACUAAUGAGAAGGGAGAAGGAGGCCCUCUCCACCUUACGGAGGAAUGAAGGAAUCGUGGUUAAGCCAUCUGACAAGAGUAAGGGAUUUGUAGUGAUGUCUCGUGACAGUUAUGUACAGAAAGCGAAUGUCAUGUUGGAGUGUCGGGAUAGUUAUGAGCGCUGUGACGUGAAGGUAGAAGACCUUGACAAACACACACGCAAGAAAGUCGCUGAGAUCACCCAACACAAGCUACCACAACCACUCGCCAAAGCCAUUCUCCCACAUAACUCACGACUGAGCCAAUUCUACGGUCUACCCAAAGACCACAAGCCAGGUCUUCCGCUGCGCCCAGUUGUGUCUACGUGCGGUUCGUCAAUGGAUAAUGUCUCCUUGUUACUGGAACGUAUCCUUAAUCAGUUGUUGAAGUUCGUUCCAGCACAUUUGACCAGUACAAAGGAGUGUAUUGACGUGUUGAGUGAUGUUGGUGUUCUUCCCGAUGAUUGUAUCAUUGCCUCACUGGAUGUUGUCUCGUUGUAUUCUAACAUACCAGUUGUCGAGAGCAUUGAUGUCGUCAUGGAGUUCUUGGAGUUGCAUCGGAAGGAAGUAGAUAUGUUUCACCUGUCACUGUCGGAUGUUCGGGAGCUCCUGUCAGUCGUGUUAUCGUCUAACUACUUCGAAUUUGACGGUGUCCAGUACCGGCAGCGGAAAGGCCUGGCAAUGGGCAACCAUCUCGCACCCCCAAUGGCAAUCAUUUUCAUGUCGAAGCUCGAGUCGGAGGCGAUGGCUAUGUUUCCGUGGAAGCCUCGCUUGUAUCGUCGCUACAUCGAUGAUUGUCUGGUAGUAUGGUGUCAUGGUCUUGUCAAGUUGAUGGAGUUCGUGCAGUACUUGAGCAGCAGACACCCAGACAUACGCUUCACAGUAGAACACACCCGGCAGAAUGUCUCGCACACAGUCAGCUACCUCGACUUGUCUAUCUCUGUGGCGAGUGGUGUUGUGCAGUGGGAGUUGUUCGUUAAGCCCAGUCAUAGUGGUGUCCAUCUAUCGUACGAGUCUUCAUUGCCAUUGGGGGUGAAGCGUUCGGUUGCCCAGGAGCAGUUUCGGCGCGCAAAUAGCAACGCGUCAACCGACAGGGGGAGGGAGCGGGGAGAGAAGAAGAUCGAGACAUUACUACGAGAAAACGACUACCCACAACACGCUAUUCAAGCAGCCAAGCACCAUGCAAGCACACCAAGACCAUCAUCCACCAGACAACGACAACAAUCGUACACAUCCAUCAUCAAACUGCCCUUCGUCAAUGAUCGUUUGGCACGUGAUGUUCGUCGUACGGUGAGGUCUUUCAGUAAGGAUGUGCGUGUGGUGUUCCAGUCCGGUCGGUCACUAAGGGACAUGUUGGUAUCGUCAUCAUUGUCCCGUCCUGAAUGCCCGAAGGAAGUGUAUAAGAAGAGAAGAGGGAGGGGGCGACCAGUUGAAUGUCGUGCAUGUGAUGCUGGUAUGGAGAGUGGUCAAUGUUUGUCUCAGGAUGUUAUCUACUCGAUGUUAUGUGCACUUUGCGCCGAGGAGUACGUUGGCGAGACCGAGCGAACUGCAAGGAAGAGAUUUGAGGAGCAUUGCAGAGAGGCCAAAGCGCAAGCGCUGGAGACGCCAUGGGGAGAACACUAUGCAGAACACCACCCACAACAAGCAAUCACAUCUACACCCAUCACCAACGCAUCAAUUCUCGCCAAGCAGUCGUCCCUUGUGAAUCGUCGUAUACGUGAAGCAAUGUUCAUUCGUGAUAAACGCCCAAGUGUUAACAGGGAUCGUGGCUGGAGACUGCUGGACACAGUGUGA